UAAGAUCAGUGUAAAUCUUCUAAGCUCAAAUGUAUAGGUUAAGGUUAAUUAUUAAGUAUCAAAAGACAAAACCAGCAUACAUAAAUAUGUUACUCUUUUAAUGGUUUUUUGCACGACACGUGUGAUCUUUUCAUUGUAUUUCUUGUUGCAAUUGAAGAGCAUGUAGAGAGGUCAUCAAGAAAAUCAGCGCGAUCAUAUUUACAGACAACUCAGCUAUGCGUCAUUAGUGUUGGUAUUGAUCUACCUUAUUCAUUGCCAUUUAUAGCCAGCUCAAACAUUGUAAGAAAAUUUAUUCAAGCAGGUUUUCUAAGCCAAACGAUUGGUUAAAAACAACAUAGGUAUAAUAUAUUACUCGUGUUCUUUAUACCCCUUGUAUAAAUCAAGUGUACCUCUAACAAGAAAAGUAGUAGAUCUUUUCGUGAAAGAAUAACGGUAAUAAAAUAUGUGGAAAAAAGUUACCACUGUAGCUAUAUGCUGUAUACUAGGAAUAAUUUGGAGAUUUACAGGGCGACCCAAGGGAUUGCCUCCAGGACCAACAUGUUAUCCCAUUAUUGGGAAUGUCGGACUCUUCAAACCAUCAGAAGCUGUAAAAGCCAACAGGAGACUCAGAAAGCAAUAUGGCGAUAUAUACACCAUAAUGUUCUUUCACAAACCGAUCAUUACAGUCCAUGGGUAUGAAAAUAUUCGAGAGCUAAUGGUUAAAAAUGUAGACAUGUUUUUAGACCGACCAAUAACUAUAAUAAAUGGAGUUUUCAACAAAGGGAAAGGUUUGAUGUGGUCAUCAGGUUCACUAUGGGAAGAGCAAAGAAAGUUUGCUUUGGCAACACUAAGUAAGAUGGGAUUUGGAAAACGCUGUUUACAGGGUCAAAUCAUGGAAGAAGUAGAUUGUCUUAUGGACGAAGUAGAAAAAUUUGAAAACCAACCAUUUGAUAUUCAUCACACUUUGAACACCGCCGUUUCUAAUGUUAUCUGUUCCCUGUUGUUUGGCAAGAGGUUUGACCACGAGGAUGCCAAAUUCAAGAAUUUGAUUAAACUGCUAGAUAAAAUGUUUGCUACUACCAAUCCAUCUUCGCCAGCAUUCGUUUUUCCAUUGCUUCGCUUUUUACCAGGGUCAGGUUUUCACAAUAUGGAGAAAAUAUUUGGAGAUAUAGAUGAAUUCACUGAAGAAAUAAUUAAAGAGCACAAGAAAAAAUUUGAGGAAAACCAAAUGAAUAAUUUUGUUGAUGGCUUUUUAACUAAGCAAACCCACGAUGGGAAUUCAACCUUUACAGACAAACAACUCAUAAUCAUUGUACGAGAAUUCUUCGGCGCAGGAACCGAAACCACUUCUACUACUUUACGAUGGGCGCUUUUAUUCUUGAUUCAUCAUCGAGAAUGGCAGAAAGAUCUCAGGGGAGAUGUAGAAACUUUGAUCGGCAAGAAUCAACCCACAAUGGAAAACAAAGAAAAUUUGCCAAGGAUUGAGGCCUUUAUUUUGGAAGUCCAACGCCAUGCAAACCUCGCACCGUUUGGUAUUCCACAUACUCCCAGAGAAGAUUUUAUUUAUAAUGGAUACCUUCUUCCAAAAGGAACAUGCAUUAAUUUUGCUUUAGAUUCUGUUAUGAUGGAUUCAGAAAUAUUUCCAGAUCCUUUCGUAUUUAAACCAGAACGAUUUUUGGACGAAAACGGAAAAUGCCAGGGGGAGCAAAAAGAUAAGCUUAUACCUUUUUCAAUAGGGAAAAGAUCAUGUUUAGGGGAAUCCCUGGCCAAAAUGGAACUCUUUCUUUUCCUGACCAGAUUUUUACAGAGGUUUGAGAUAAAACCAGAGAACCCAGAACGAUUACCUACGCUUGAACCAAUAUUGGGAUUAACCAAUAUGCCAAAAGAUUUUAAAAUUGAUUUUGUUAAACGAUAGUAUUUUAUAAAAAGUGAAUCCUGUUAUUUUAUUUUUUUAAAUUGUAUUUGAUUAAUAUUUUCUUAUCGGUUUUUAUUAAAAUCACAUAUCUUUA